CCAGGUUACAGUCAGUAUGCUCUCAUCACAAGAAGAGUUCUUCGUCCAAUUCAGCAUCAGCUGCUGGAUGCCUUCCUUCAACCUGAUGGUGGCUGCUGAGAAGGGACGAGUGUUGCAGCGGGAUCCGAUGUUCAAGACCGUCCCAAGAUUGCUCUUCAAGGAGCUCCGCCAGCUUCCGGCUAAUGACGACAUUUCCGAUGGUGAAUUGAAGAAGAAAAUCGCGGAUGCCAUCGACCUCUACCUGCCAGAGACCGUCGAGCUUUUGCGAAUCACAUUCCACGAGGACGUGACGAGAAUCAUCCAGAACCAAGCGGCAAUGGCAAGAAGGGAGAAGGAGCUCAAUACUCCCAAGCUCGUCAAGCCUCAGGACAUGCUCAAACGUGUCAAGCCUGCCGAGAAGAAGGAGAAGAUCAAGCGUGGGAAGUCAGCUAUCAAGAAGCAAAGCCCUGUAGUUGAGAUGCGUGUUUUCAAGGAGAGGAAACGUGCUCAACCAUGUGCUUCGGACAAUGAGAGUUUGUCGAUUGCUGAGCGCGUCAAGCGCAUUCGUUUGGACAAUUAGGGUGUGACAGAGCUCUACACACUUCUUCCAUCGACACCUUCCCUCGGCACGCCUGCACAUUCAAUUGAAUCAACUCAUUCAAAGUACUGUUUAUCCUGAUUUUACCCCCUUUUUUUUCUGGUACCACUUUGCCUUAAUUUUUUUUUCUCUCCACAUUUUUUUUUGCCAUUCCCCAAACAUUUCUUGUUGAAUAUUACCGGUUCUCCUCCAACUCCCCAAGUGCUCAUAUAUUUACCCAUUUUCCAGUCAAUCAUUACCGAUGAUUUUUUUAUUGUACAUAUGCAUUUAGAUGAAGAAAUUUGAAUAGCUCAUGGAAAAAAAUCAAAUUCUUGGUAGAUCUUGCAAUUCUCCUUUUUGUCUGUACUGUCACACUUGAAUCA